UCAGGCGGGCGUCUCACCCUCACGUCGGCUCCCGCGGCGGAGAGUGGGAGAAAGUGCAGCGGGUGGGCGGCUGCGGGGCUGCGCGCGUCCGGCAUCCCGGGGCCAUUUGGGCCCGGGCGGCGAGGGGGCCCGGCGGUCCAUGCAUCUGCCGGCCGCCACCGCCGCGAUGGAUUUCAGUCAGAACAGCUUGUUCGGCUACAUGGAGGACCUGCAGGAGCUCACCAUCAUCGAGAGGCCGGUCCGCCGGAGCCUCAAGACCCCAGAAGAAAUAGAAAGACUGACGGUUGAUGAAGACCUCAGCGAUAUCGAAAGGGCUGUUUACCUGCUCAGUGCUGGCCAAGAUAUCCAAGGCACAAGUGUGAUUGCAAAUCUUCCAUAUCUGAUGCGGCAGAAUCCCACGGAGACCCUUCGGAGAGUUUUGCCACAAGUCAGAGAAGUCCUGCACGUGGCGGGGGUGGAAAUGCAGUUGACGGCUGCUGUUUCCUUUCUGACCAUUCUACAGGAAGAAUCGGUAUCAAUCCAUGCAUAUGCCCACUCCUUUCUCCAAAUCAUUUUGCUGCAUGUGGAGCACAGAGAUGCAGGUGUCAGUAAUGCCUGGCUGGAAACUCUUCUGUCCGUCAUAGAAGUGCUGCCAAAGGAGACCCUGCGGCACGAGAUUUUGAAUCCACUUGUUUCCAAGGCACAACUGUCGCAAACAGUACAGUCUCGCUUAGUUAGUUGUAAAAUUUUAGGAAAAUUGGCCAACAAAUUUGAUUCCCUCACCAUUAAAAGAGAAAUUCUUCCACUGGUAAAAUCACUCUGUCAAGACGUAGAGUAUGAAGUUCGAGCUUGCAUGUGUCGGCAAUUAGAAAAUAUAGCUCAAGGCAUUGGGACAGAACUCACAAAAACUGUGGUGCUCCCUGAAUUAAUAGAACUCUCCAGGGAUGAAGGUAGCAGUGUACGGCUUGCAGCAUUUGAGACUUUGGUUAAUCUGCUUGACAUAUUUGACACAGAUGACAGAAGUCAAACGGUUCUUCCCUUAGUGAAGUCAUUUUGUGAAAAAUCUUUCAAAGCAGAUGAAUCUAUUCUCGUUUCCUUAUCGUUCCAUUUAGGAAAGCUGUGCCAUGGACUGUAUGGGAUUUUCACUCCAGAUCAGCACUUGAGAUUUUUGGAGUUUUAUAAGAAACUUUGUACAUUGGGUUUGCAACAAGAAAAUGGACACAAUGAAAACCAAACUCCACCCCAAAUCUUAGACCAGGAGAAGAAAUAUACUUCAGUACGGAAGAACUGUGCAUAUAACUUUCCGGCCAUGAUUGUUUUUGUUGAUCCUAAAAACUUCCACCUGGAACUCUAUUCUACAUUCUUCUGCCUUUGUCAUGACCCCGAAGUGCCAGUCAGAUACACUAUUGCUAUUUGCUUUUAUGAAGUGUCUAAGCUUCUCAAUUCUGGAGUGUAUUUAAUACAUAAAGAACUAAUAACACUACUGCAAGAUGAAUCACUAGAGGUACUAGAUGCCCUUAUAGAUCAUCUUCCAGAAAUUUUAGAACUUAUGUCUACUGGUGGAGAAAGCAGCACCAAAGAAAAUAAGUUAUCAUCCCUGCCUGACUUGAUUCCAGCACUCACAGCUGCUGAACAGCGAGCUGCAGCCUCUUUAAAAUGGAGAACUCAUGAGAAGUUAUUACAUAAAUAUGCCUGUCUGCCUCAUAUCAUAUCAAGUGAUCAGAUUUAUUAUCGUUUCUUACAGAGAAUGUUUACAAUCAUGAUGACAAUUAAUGUCUUGCCUGUCCAAAAGGCGGCGUCACGAACCCUGUGCAUUUUUCUGCGUUUUAAUCGGAAGCAAGAGCAGAGACAUGAGGUCAUUCAAAAAUUAAUCGAGCAACUGGGCCAAGGAAAAAGUUACUGGAAUAGACUUCGAUUUUUGGACACCUGUGAAUUUAUUAUAGAGAUGUUUUCCAAGUCAUUUUUCUGUAAAUACUUUUUUCUACCUACUAUUGAACUGACACAUGAUCCAGUUGCAAAUGUGAGAAUGAAACUUUGCUACUUGUUGCCCAAAGUGAAAUCGACUCUGAAGAUUCCAGCAGAUAAACAUCUACUACAGCAGUUAGAAAUGUGUGUGAGAAAACUCCUGUGUCAAGAGAAAGAUAAAGAUGUUCUAGCCAUUGUAAAAAAAACUGUGUUAGAGUUGGACAGAAUGGAAAUGUCUAUGGAUGCUUUCCAGAAAAAGUUCUAUGAAAAGGAUUUGUUGGAUCAAGAGAAAGAAAGAGAAGAACUACUCCUUUUGGAAAUGGAGCAGUUGGAGAAAGAGAAGCAACAGAAUGAUGGAAGGCCUGUGAAUGAUAAAGUCUUUGAUAAGAAACGUAGAGACACCAAGACACUCUCAAAUCUGUCCAAGAGCAUCUCCAUUCCUGGCUCCUCUUCUGCCAUCCCAUCCACAAGCAAAGAAAUCAAGAAAUCCAAACUCAUCCGAAGUCAGUCUUUCAAUAGUCAGUCUUUUCACUCAAAAUACAGCAACAUGGAAAAGUGCGCUAGUAAAAGUUCUGCAACAGGAUGUACACUUCCUGUCUCGGGCUUAACGAAGAGUUCUGUUUUUUCACUAACUGACGAAUCAUUCCGGACCCGUAAUGCCAGUAGCCUUCCAGCCUCCUUUUCUCAUACUUCUUUAACGAGCACUUCCCGUGGGACUGGUAACUCAGCUGACUCAAAAAACAACGGAAGUAAAGAUAGUCAACCUCGGAAGGCCACCCUAAAAUCCAGAAAAUCCAAUCCUUAA